UUUCGUUUUUGGUUUUUUUUCUUGUGUUUCUUAGUUUGCUGUUACCGGAACUGUUCUAGCACCAAGGCCCCGGGCCCGCACGCACCCAGCCCACCGCCCAACGCCCAACGCGCCCAACGCAUAGCGUCUACGUCAGAGCCACAGGCACAGGCCACCGCUCCAGCCACAGAGAGUCGAAUCACCUCCAUCCAUCCAGCAGCAUCUGCUCAAGCCAUGGAGCAGCUGUGCUACCUGGCGCUGAGCUGCCUCCUGGUCAUCGUGGUCCUCUAUGGACUGCUCGAGCUGCAUUACUUCCUGCGCAUGUGCGUUUGUGUGGUGCUGGCGCGUUUUGUGAAGCGACGCUGCCACAUACUGGACGCCACCACGGUGAACGGUCUGUGCCUCACCAACGAUGUGGACACGCUGCUGUACCACAUGAACAAUGCCCGCUACUUCCGGGAGCUUGACUUUGCCCGCGUGGACUUCUACGAGCGGAGCAGUCUGUAUCGCACCAUCACGGCCAUGGGGGGAUCCGUAUUCCAGGGCGCGGCCACCAUACGUUAUCGUCGUUUCAUACGACCCUUUCAUCGCUUCAAAAUCGUCUCCAGGAUCGUGUACUGGGAUGACCAGUCGCUGUUCAUGGAGCACCGUUUCUUGCGGCCGUCGGACAAGUUUGUGCACUGCAUAGCCAUUUGUCGGCAGCGCGUCAUUGACGUGUCCAUGGAUGCGGUGAUGGCAGAGCUACUGCCGCGGACGGCCUCGGAUCACUUCCGGCCAACGGAACGGGAACGGCACGUGGCCCCCGUUUCUGGGGCUAGCCUGCAGCCGAUGGGCGCAGCCGGGGGCAUCAGCAAUCCCGCGAUGGACCAAUCCUCUCUGGCGGAGAACGGACAUGCAGCAGCGGCAGCGGCGACAACACCAACAGCGACGGUGACGGCGCUGGGGCACUGCGCAAAGCUAAAGCCAUCGCUGCCGCCGGAUCUGUCCAAGUGGAUCGAGUACAAUGACAUGUCCAGCAAGAAUCUACGCAGCGGCUGCUGACGGGAAAGUGGGACCCGUCGCCUCUCCUGAUACGUUUCGCGGCUGUUAGCUGAGAAAAACAAACUGUGCUACUCGUACUAUGUAUACAUUAUUAAGUGGUCCAAGCGACCCUAGGCGUAAGUGUCCGCCCCUAAGCCGUAGCUUUAUCUAAUGUAUGAUGAUCAUCAUUCAUGUUUGAACCAAACCCAAACCCAAACCCAAGCCCAAAUCCAAGGCCCCCCCCCCAUUGGUAGUCCCAAGUGUGUGUAAGAUUAUGAUGUACAAUGAUUGUGUUUAGUAAAACAAAAGUAAAACUCUC